AUGUGCCGUGCAGAUAGCAUCACACAUGAUAUCUCUGAUCUCAGUUUUAAGGCGUCUCUAGAAGCAAUAUCUUCGCUUUCACACGCCCACACGCACGGCUUUUCUCCUCACCCCCGUCUUCCUGCUGCUGGACUGCAAAGUCUCUCAUCUCCCACAUCUCUGAUCUCCAGCGAUACACUCUCUGAGUUCCAGGCAAUCGGGCCGUCACAGACCCCUGGAAAGAUGGGCCAGCAGCUGAUACGGAGGCGCAGGGACGGCAGCACGUACACAUGGGUGGCGGAAGAGGAGGACGCGAUGCCCACCCUGGUUGACCUGUUAGACCGAGUUGACCCCGCCAUAGGGUUCAACGUGGAGGUCAAAUUCGCUGCUGAUGACUCCAAGGAUGCCGGGGGGGCUGCUGAGAUUGACAGAAUCCUCUCUGCCCUGCUGCCGGUGAGUUCAGCGAGCUGA